CACUUAUGACCCGCGGCUCUUUUUAAUGAUUGAAAUAGACGUCUAGCGGACUUAUCGAGAAGGAUUUUUUCUAGAAAAGGAUUUACAUUUGGUUGUAAAGCUACAUUCAGCUAUCCAGAGGUCUCCCACCUCCCCCUCUUCCUAGCGCUGCUCGCCCGCCCGCCUGCCCAACGCGACAACUAUGAGGGGACUGCGUGCGCACGCCUCUGUGGGACUGCUGCUGCUUCUCACGUGCACGCUCGUCGGCGCUGCACCCACGAGCAGAGCGAGCGUGGGCCAGGGUUCGAGGCGCGCCACCGAGCCGGCGAUGCGCGUGGAGGAGCUCGGCCGCGGCGCCGAGAGCACGACGAUGACCAAGACGCGGGCGGCCGAAGCCCGCCGGAGCCGCUGGAGCGGCGCCGUGACCGUGAACCCCCGCGGGCAACACAGAGAUUUACGCAGAUCCAAAGCAGACAGAAGGGAUCGGCCAGUCGCAGCAGCAGCAGCAGCAGCAGCAUCAGCAGCCGCCGCCGCCUCCCCCGGACGGAAGGACAAAUACCUGAAGCACAUCACAGGUCCGCUCUACUUCAGCCCCAAGUGCAGGAAGCACGUGUACCACGUGUACCACCAGACCCGGGACUGCACCAUCGCCGCAUAUUUCAAACGAUGCGCGCGGCUGCUCACGCGUCUCGCCGGCAGCCCCAUGUGCACGGGGGUGUAACGCCCAGCCAGCCAACCAGCCGGGGCCGGGGCCGGGGCCGGGGCCAGGGCCAGCCGCUCCGCCUCGGCUGCUGAACAAAGCGCCACCGGGAGCGCCCCAAAAGUCGGCCGGAGGGACACGACAAAGGGGACGAACAAUCGGCAUGCUCUUUUCUGCAAUCCAAACGGUCCGAAAAGUGCCUCCAACGUGGAACGAGCUGUGUGGAAAAACUGUUUGUUAAACUCAGCCGUAACAAGUGUUCUUCAACUCAAGUGUACGCUGCUCAAAACUAAGAAAAGGUGACCGGACUUCUUGGGAAUCUCACACGGACAAGAGGAUGGGCCGCCUGCUUGAAGCGUAAAGGAUACGGACUGAACGGGCCCAAGCACCUGCACCAGAUGUUAGGCGGACUUCAACGUGGAGGGGAAUAACGGAACAUAUUUAUAUUUCAAGGUUUUCGUGCGCGUUGUCUUCAACCCACGCUACACAGAUAUAUUUCAAUAAAUGAUAUCGUUGGUUUAAUAAUAUAAAACAAAAAGUCAUGUUUGA